AUGCCCCGGCGUGGUGGAAGAGCUUCUGGGUCCGAAGUGUAUUCUAUCACAGAUAUAGACAAGCUAGUUGACUGUGUCAGGAGCGUGAAACCGAUUGGAGCGAAUGAAUGCGAGGAAGUGCUGGAGCAAUAUCAACAGUACGCAGCUGCAAACGGCAGGGCAGUGUGGAACCUGAUCUCCAUAAAAAAGAAGUUCCAGAGUUUGAUAAACGCCAAGAAACCGACUGGGGAUCCGGACUGCCCAAAAUAUGUGCGCGAUGCUCGUGAAGUCCAGGAUCGCAAUGCAGAGAAAACAGAGCAUAACGACGAUAUUGAUGAUAGCCGUGGUGGAACACAGGAAUCAGCAAAUGACCGGAUGAUCCGGCACAGCCCCACGAGAGUACUCAGCAGUCGGAUGGGGCACCGCACUAUGAUGGAGGUGGAAGAGUUGGUCAGCCCAACAACCACAGGCAGAGCGAUCAAGCCAGCUACUUCUUAG